GCGGAUGAAGAACUUUGAAGGCCAGGGCGGAAAUGAACGCUACUGUAAACAGGAAGUACUUUCAUUUUAUCUUAAAGUCCAGGUGGUGUCUGCUUAAGGGCCUAAAAGGCAGCAAAACCAGCCCAACUCCUGCUAAAUAGGCGCCGUACCACCAACUUGUUACGUGGAGCAGGAGUUGGCGUUUUUGACAACUGCCGAGUCCCGUUUUGGCCCCUGAGAUGACCUCGCAGCAGCCUCAACUCCACGGCGGGGGCCUUCAUCACAACAACGACUCGGCGCAUCACGCCCGGCCUCAGAUUCAGGCCCACCCGCUGGACUCCAACCACAGCGCCGGCGCCACCGCCGGCCGCACGGACAACCGAGCUCUCCCGCGCCGGCCGGGAUGCUCCCCGACCGGCGGCGUCUCCGCCUGCUUUGUCAACUCCAGCAUAUCCAGAGGGUCCAGGAGCUUCGAGCCCUGGCCCGAGGAGGCGGUGGACAAGUCGCACGGUUUGAACUCCCUGCACCGCAUGUUCGACAUAGUCGGGGCCCAGCUCACGCACCGGGACGUUCGGGUGCUGUCUUUUUUGUUCGUGGACGUGAUCGACGAGUACGAGCGCGGCGGCAUCAGGAGCGGGAGGGAUUUCUUGUUGGCCUUGGAGCGCCAGGGUCGCUGCGACGAGACCAACUUUCAACACGUGCUCCAGCUCCUGAGGAUUAUCACUCGCCAUGACCUGUUGCCUUAUGUCACGCUGAAGAGACGGCAGGCUGUGUGCCCAGAUCCUGUGGACAAGUACCUGGAGGAGACGUCGGUGCGCUACAUCUCACCAAGAGGAGCCAUGAAGAGCAGGGAAAGUGUGCCUCACAGGAUGCCAGGUCCGUACGUCGGUCCGUCCCGCAUGAAAGCAGCAGCUGCAGUACCAAACGGCAGCUGGAAGAGAAGCCAUUCCUCCGCCGACUUCAGGGAGAAGCAAACGUGUGACAUCCGCCUGCGCGUGCGUGCAGAAUACUGCCAGCACGACUCCGCCCUGCAGGGCAACAUCUUCUCCAACAAGCAGGAGGCGGUGGAGCGGCAGUUUGAGCGCUUCAACCAGGCCAACACCAUCCUCAAGUCCCGGGACCUGGGCUCCAUCAUCUGCGACAUCAAGUUCUCCGAGCUCACCUACCUGGACGCUUUCUGGAGGGACUACAUCAACGGCUCGCUGCUGGAGGCCCUGAAGGGAGUCUUCAUCACGGACUCCCUCAAGCAGGCCGUGGGCCACGAGGCCAUCAAACUGUUGGUCAACGUGGACGAGGAGGACUACCAGGCGGGCCGGCGCAGACUUCUUUGUAACUUAGUGGCCAGCGGGGACCCCCCGGGAGGCAGUAAAGACUGCGUGUCGUAGUCCCCCCCCACCCCCAAGAAGGAGUACAAACUGAGGGAAAGAGAUGUUGCACAUGAGAUGUUUGUGUCUGCCGUGGAAGAGUCCGAGUAUAGCAUGCAAGGCGGCCAGGACUGUGUUGGCGUCGUCCCAGUGGGAGGUCUUUCCUGCACAAGGAGAGGCUUUUUUUUCUUUUAAUCCACGCACUUUUUGACCACAGGAACAAACGGCCUCAAGCUGUCCAUGUAUUCACUUUUUUAGUUGUUUUUUUCCAGAUCAUUUAUUUUUUCAAGUCAAGUACGUUCCGUUCCGUAAAACACCCUCAAGUACUUAGGGCUGGGCGAUACAGCUACAAACUGGAUCGUUAUUGAUAUUUUUUAAUGACCAAUGAUAAUCCCCUCCGCUAUUUAGGCAGAAAGGAAAUGUCAACACAAGCAAGGAAAACAAUAAUAGAUUUUAUUUGUAAAAGCACUUUACAUUGGGCAAAGUGCUACAGUGCAUUUUAAAAAACUAAACAACACUAGAACCACAAAUAGCUGCCCCCCAACAAGUAAAAUAAAUAGUAAAUAAAAUAAAAACUAGAACAUCCUAAUAGCUAGAACUAGCACACAUAUAUCUAAAAAAAAAAGGCUUUUUUAAAAUGAAGGGUUUUUAAGCCUUUUUUAAAAGCAUCCACAGUCUGUGGUGCCCUCAGGUGGUCAGGGAGAGCGUUCCACAGACUGGUGGAGAGGUUAGCCUGUCAACAAAAUAGUCAAAUCGCGUUGAACACUUAACAAUAAGCUCUUAAAAAUAAGGAAUAUGUAAGAAAUGCUUGAUAAAGUGUGAGAAAAUAGUGCAAAGUGUGAAAAUGUCAACCGAGACACCCGAGAAGGACUAUUUUCUGCAGGUUUCGUGGCAGGAAGUUACAGCUGGUGCUCUAAAGGGUGAGCUAAGGUAAUGUGGUAUUAGCGCUCAUGUACACACCACAUUGGUCUGACUUGGGAAAAAAAAUGCCGUACUGUCCAGGUGACUUUUCCUCUCUUGUCCACAAUUUCUUCAUUUUGACUUCCUUUUCUCACUGCAACCAAACUUGAUAGUUGAUACUGAUUGGCUGUUGUCCCUCCCACUUCCUGUGUUGCUCGGUCACCAAGAGAGCGAGUGCCUUGUGUGCGUGCAACCAACCUUGCUUCCAUUCUUCACAUUUCUCCCCGCCAAGAAGGGGGAAAAAAUGAUCAAAUGUUUUACGGAAGGCAUUUUUUAUGGAUAUUGGUAUGGUUUUAUUGCCCAGCCCUAGCAUCACUACACUUAUUUUGCGUGUUACUCACUUCCUGUGUUUGUCAGUCUUUUACAACUUGUAGUUCCAAGCAGCCUUAUCUCCAGUAAGAAUACUAAUAAUCACCUUCACCAUGCAAAACUGACCAUUAUCAAGGAUUUAUUGACCUCAUUUGACAGUUUAUUACGCUCCUCUACCUUUUUUUAUGUUUUUGCCGUUUUUUAACAAGUCCACGUUAUUGUUUGAAUUGAUUGGUCACAACUGGCAAAAAAAAGGUUCCUUCACACCGGACGAAAGUGGGUACCAGAAAAGUGUAGCGGAAUAAACGAUGGAUGGUGGUUUCAUUAAAUGUGUCGUCCUUGAGAGCACACUCUGGCUUUUUUUUGGAUGAAAAAGAAUACUUUGUUGUUCUCACAUCCCGUGAAAAGAAAGAGAUAACUUAGAGUGAGAAGGAAGACUGGAGGAAGUUGCCCUGCAGUGAUGACAACAGACUGGAAGUUAGGGAUGGUGCCAAGUUUGGUACUUUUACACGGCGGGUGGAAAUUAAAUAAAUCUUAAUUACUUAAA